AUGACGAGAUCCAAACAGGAAAUCGAAAUAGAAUCAGAGAGUGGAGCUGAUCUUCCUAAAGGUGAAAUCAUGGCUAUCGACCCAGAGAUGGAAGGUAGGGGAAAGUGGAAGCGAAAUAUCGAUUUUCUAUUCGCUUGUCUCGGAUUCUCGGUCGGUUUUGGAAAUGUCUGGCGGUUUCCGUAUCUUUGUUUUAAAAAUGGAGGAGGUAAGUAA